AUGCCAGCAACCAAUUUGGAAGAUCACAUCAAAAAGAAGUUGAGAAAGCUACAGAAAGCAACACAUAAAGCAUUAAUAUCCAAAAACUUGGCUCAUUCAAAAAACAAGCUGAUUGAAGUCAUUGAUGACAUUGUUGAAUCGGAAAUAGAGAAUAGUGAUCAACACUUCUUUCUCAAGUGUUCCAAUUGUAAAGUGAUACUGAAGAGCGGUGAUGAUUCAACAAACAACAAUCAUUUAUCUAUUACUUUCCGAUCACCUUUCUUCAACAAUAAUCAUUUUGAAAUGCCAAUUGCACCAGAGAUUUACACAGAAAAUUCAAUAAGUUUCAAUGGAGUGAUGAAACAUGAGUAUUCCAAUGACAUGGGAGUGCUGUAUUAUCUGAAUCGAAUAGCUCUUAAAUUAUUUCUUCAGAGUCUGUCUUGCAAUUUUCUACAAAUUCAAGAGAGUCAAGCACUUUCGGAUGAUGAUGUUUUAAAGCUUUCAAUUUUAAGUGUCUUGUUACCUUCCUCAUGUAUUGCAACAAAUUCUCAAGACGAAUUUUUCGAAAAGCAACGUAAAUACUUCCAAUGCAGCACGAAUAGUACAGUUGAAUAA